ACACUACUAAAUAAAUCUAUAUUUCAACUAGUGUAUACGAUCGGAAUAUUCUAUACCUCCCGCCCACUGCCGGAACUCAUCAUUUGCUUUUAUUUAAAAGGUUUUAAAUAAUAAAAACUUUUAAAUAAUUAAAUUAUCAAAUCUACCCAAUACCCUAAUAUAUUUAUUUUAGUAUAAAUAAUUAAUUACAAGAUCUGAAGCAAAGCUACAAACGGAUUUGAGAUCUAGUCGCUGUUCCGUUGCUGUUGGAUGCAGAUUCAAGGUUGAACGUUAAAGAUGGAUCCGAACAUAGAAGAAGCUCUUAGGGCUAAAGAGACUGCGGAGAAGCUAUUUUUGAUGAAAGAUUUCACGGGUGCGAAGCAGUUUGCUUUACGGGCUCAAACUUUAUGCCCUCAAUUGGAAGGUAUAUCCCAAAUGGUCGCUACAUUCGAGAUAUACGCUGCUGCAACAACGACGAAUAUGAAUCGAGAAGUUGAUUUCUAUUCGGUUCUCGGGCUGGAUCCAUCUGCAGACAAAUCAAUAGUGAAAAAACGUUACAAAAAGAUGGCCGUUCUUCUUCAUCCCGACAAAAACAAAACCGUUGGAGCCGAUGAAGCGUUCAAACUCGUCUCUGAAGCGUGGGCUGUGUUAUCUGAUAACGUGAAAAGAAGCUCGUACGAUGCGAAAAGAAAUAAACACUUGUCGGCUGCUGGUUAUAAUACUUCCGGUGUUUCGGGUUCCGAGACUUCUCCAAGACUUGAUACGUUUUGGACUGUGUGUACAUCGUGUCGUGUUCAGUACGAGUAUCUUAGAAAAUAUGUGAAUAAACGACUUUCUUGUAAGAACUGUCGUGGGGUUUUUGUAGCCGUUGAAACGGGUGCGGCUCCCGUUACUUACGCCCCAUGGUCGUAUACGUCUGAAAACGGUUAUGCUAACCAUGCGUAUAACACGGGUCCAUAUGUACCAAGUACGUCAGUAUGUUUUACGGGCAACGGCUCGUCGGUUGUUCAUCCUACACAAGGAUACGAGUACGCAGGGACCGUAUCGUUUCAGUGGAAUACUUAUUCUGGUUCAUCGACUUUGGAUCCUAACGGUUUACCAUCUAAACCGGGUAACACAAGUAGGCAAAAGUCGAACGGGAAACACCAGGUGAGAUCGAACACGGGCCCAAUGGGCCGGCCUCCUAAGAAAAGAAAGAUCGAAAAUGGGGAAAUGGGUUUAAGAACUGAACCGUAUUCGGAUUUGAAUAAUCUAAAUGGAAAUGGCGGGGUUGAUGUAUUAACGAGACAGUAUUCGGUUGCUCCCGCUUUUGAUGCAAGAAAGUUGUUAAUUGAAAAGGCUAGAUCGGUAAUUCGUGGGAAGUUAAAAGAAAUGAAAAUGGCUUCGACUUUGAAGGCUGAAAAGAACGGGAAAACGGUCAAGAAAAGUAGUUUGAUGGCGAUAACGGUCCCCGAUCCGGAUUUCCAUGAUUUUGAUACUGAUCGGACUGAGGAAGUGUUUAAGCCGAAGCAAAUAUGGGCUAUAUAUGAUGAAGAAGACGGGAUGCCCCGUCUCUAUUGCGUGGUUCGCCAGGUGAUCUCGGUGAAACCGUUUCAGCUUCAUAUCACUUACUUGAACUCGAAACCCGACGCUGAAUUUGGAGUUAAUAAAUCGUGUGGAAGUUUCAAGGUUGCGCAUUCUGUGUUUGUUGACCAAGUCAACAUUUUUUCGCAUCUUUUGGGAAGGGAGAAUGUUGGCAAAGGAGGGUCGGUUAAAAUAUACCCGAAACGAGGCGAUAUAUGGGCUGUGUAUCGGAAUAAAAAGUCGAAAAAAGCAAUGCAACAAUACGAAAUGGUGGAGAUUCUCGAUGAUUAUUCGGAAAAAGUUGGGGUGUGUGUGACACCUUUGGCGAAGCUAGAAGGGUACAAGACUGUGUAUCAAAGAAACCCUAACAAGAGCGCGGUUCGUGUAAUUCCGAGAAAAGAAAUGGUUCGGUUUUCGCACCAGGUUCCCGCUUGUUUGCUAAAAGGUCAAGGGUUGAACUUGCCAGACGGGUGUUGGGAUCUUGACCCUGCUGCUACACCGGAACAGCUUCUUCAAGCGGAUGCGGAUGGAGAAGAAGAGGAAAAGAAGGGUGAAGCGGAAGGGCGUUUUGGUCAUUUAAGUGUGUAACACUAAUAGUGUAUAGAUCGAAACACAUAGUGAUGGUGGCAAUUGGUGAGAAAUUUAGGUAGCUGGAACCGAGUGGGAUGAUCACAAGGUGAGAUCUCGAGCGGCUGUAGCGCAAUUUGGUUUUAAGAUGACUCAAAUGUUGGUGAGAAACUUGUACUAAUUACUUAUUAUGAAUUAGUUACCUUUUAAAUUUGCUAAUUAAGUUAAUACCCCUUAUGCGUUGACGGGUUGUACUAUACUCACGUUGCAGCAUGAAUAUUAUCUUUCGUUUUUUUCUCUUCUUAAUGUUAUCCACCUUUUGUUAAUAUGUAAUAAACUGUUCAAGUGGACCAAACCAAAGAAAUCAUUUGACCUU